AGAAGUGAUAUGAAAAAACACUGACCUGCACACAGCCUUUCCCCUAUCUCUGCAGUACCAAACAGUCAGAAGUUGAGAAUGCAACUUCCUGACUGAAUCACUGGCAAGAAACUCAUUCUCUCUAAAAGAGAUUUAAAAUGCUGUUCCUGCACAGCAAUCCAGUGAACCUCCAUCACAGGGGCAGCUGAAGAGUCCCCACAAGAGCUGCCCCUGUCCUGCACAGACUUACUACUACGGGUGGGAGGCACACUUAUACCUGACCUACCUCAUCCCACGUUGCGGACCUCUGCUCUUUCGCUUAGUUCCCCUUUCACAUAUGCCUCCAGUUGACACCUUGCCUGUGUCCUUAUCGCCUCUAUCAGUGAUCCUCUCCUGCUUUAGGGAGGCAAAGAGCAAAAGAAUUCGUACAAAGGUACUGAGCAGUUACAUACUUUUUUAUUCGCGAGACGAAAAAAAUUCGCUAGGGAGCAUCGCUCUCACCCGACACUCCUCGCCCAGGGAUCCGCUGCACCCGCGGAUUCCUAACGCUGCUGCGCAAAGCACGAUAACGCAGCAAAGGAAGUAAGCUCAACUCAAUCUCCGACUGUUUCUCCCUCUUUUACCCAUCCUGCUUCUCUUCCAGAAGGAGACGAAUCACUUUGGGUGUUCUGCUAAGUUUGCCCUUCCCCUUUGUAGGCGGGAAAUAUCGCACGCAGCUCCUCUCCCGAAAAUGGCGGCGGCGGCGGCGGGCUGGGCAGUGUCCGGCUCGGGCCGCUGGCCCGCACUGGCCCGGUGCUGCUGGCGGGCGGAGAUGGUUGCUUACUUCUCUGCACCAGCUGCGAGCAACAGGGAAGCCAAACAGAGGGAAGACUCAUCAAGGAGAAGAGGCAGGACAUCACAGUUAAUAAGAUCGCAUAUACCUCCCAGAACUGAGAGGAUGGCUGUUGACCAGGACUGGAGCAGUGUUUAUCCAACAGCAGCUGCAUUUAAUCCUUCAUCUGUGCCUCUCCCAAUUCGAAUGGGCUACCCAGUGAAGGGAGGAGUACCUCCAGCAAAAGAAGGCAACUUAGAGCUUAUAAAGAUUCCCAAUUUUUUACAUCUUACUCCUCCUGCAAUUAAGAAACACUGUGCAGCUCUCAGAGAUUUCUGCACUGAAUGGCCAAGUGCUUUGGACAGUGAUGAGAAAUGUGAGCAGCAUUUUCCUAUUGAAAUUGAGACAGUGGAUUAUGUUUCUGCAGGUACAUCUAUUCGUAAUCCCAAAGCAAGAAUAGUGACUUUAAGAGUUAAACUUUCUAAUCUGAAUUUGGAUGACCAUGCAAAGAAGAAGCUCAUUAAACUUGUAGGAGCGCGGUACUGCAAGGAUACAGAUGUACUCACAAUUAUAAUAGACAGAUGUCCACUAAGACGACAGAACUAUGAUUAUGGAAUACAUCUCCUCACAGUUCUGUACCAUGAAUCUUGGAAAACUGAGGCAUGGGAGAGCGAGAAGACUGAGGAAGACAUGGAAGAGUAUAUUUGGGAAAACAGCUCCUCUCAGAGAAAUGCCCUGGCUACUCUACUUCAAAUAAAAGCCACAGAGAAUGUCAGUAAUGUAACUAAGGAAGAGCUUCUUGCAUCUGAAGUAGUUAGAAAUUACAGAAACUCUGUAAUUGCACUUAAAAAUGAAGGUGAAACAGCAAGUAAUAUGUCUCAGUAUAAGGAAUCUGUGAAAAAGCUAUUAAAUAUACAAGCAUUACCAUGAAAGAUUCUGCAGGUACAUUUAGUUAUUACAGAAAUACUAAAUUAUAAUAUGUUGAUACUACUGUAUGAUAUGGAUUCAGAACUGAACAAAAACUAUGAAACUUGUUGAUGAGUUAGUCUUGAAAGUAGUUAGUUUUCUUUUUCUUUUUUUUUUUUUUUUUUUUUUAGAUUUUCUUGUAAACAUAACUUUGCUGUCCAGGAAUCUUGUUCUUAAAUAAAGUAUGCCUUGAGUCAUA